AGUCUCAGCUUGACAACCAUCCGUUUGAGUCUUGUCUUCUUACAAAGCUCUUCGCGUGAGGAGGAUGCUUCUCGUGGGUUUUAUUUUGUGCUCUGUGGUCGUGGUGAAUGGUGCAAAUGUUCCCGAAAUUCUUCGAAAGAAUCGCACUGUGAGUGAAGAAGUUGAAUUUCAGGAAAAUUUAAUUCAUUCCUCAAUCCUCUACGGGAUCCUCAAUGCAACAAUUACGGAUAUUCGUCAGAGGAAUGAGUCUGAAAGUUUGUGCGAUUUGCAACUCAAUGCCAUCUACGAGGGUGUCAAUAGUGAAGAAUUGUGGGCACUGAAAGCCCUCGAUGCAUCAGCAACCACCCCCGAGGCUUACAUGUGGAGCAGUAACUUUUGGCUGGGUUCUCGACAGGAAUGCAACUCCCUCACGGAACACAUUGAUCUCACCCUGACCGAUGAACCGACGACCGAGGAGCUGGUCUAUGCCACGCCUCCCUUUGCUGUGGAUUAUCGUGUAAUCUACCUCAACAUCAGCACUACUUUGCAAAUUGAUGCCAAGUUCAAUGUUAGACCCCUUCUGCAUCUGGGCUUUUGUCUUCCGCAAUCAUGCUCAAAUUCCCAAAUCUUCAAAGCUGUGGAAAGGUACACACAACAUCGUCCCACCAAUGCUUUUGCCACAUACCACAUUCAACCAAAGGUUAUUGCCGUGAAGACACCCUCACUACCAAUGUCCUUGCUCUUCCGUCCUGAAGUUAUUGCACUCGUUGUCUUGUGCAGCAUAAUCAUGACUCUCAUGAUAAUUCGGGGAUUAUCUGUGGGUGCAAGUGAAGCUGACUGCAGUGGUGGAAAUGAAAAGAGCUCAGCAUUGCUUUUCCUUGAAUGUUUUGCUUUCCGAAAGAACUUGAGCUACAUUUUCGAGGCAACCACACCAAAGUCAAUCUCCGCUAUUGCUGGUGUCCGUACCAUUGUUUGCCUGUGGAUUGUGGCCUUCCACAUCCUCUACUAUGGCUUACACUACAGCGAAUCUCCGUCACUUUUUCUCGCCAACUCUCAGGGUAUUUUCUAUCAAGUAAUUUGGAGUGCAGUAAUUUAUGUGGAUGUUUUCUUUGCACUGAGUGGUUUCCUACUUGCAUACAACUUCCUGGGAAAUGUGGAAGUACAAAAUGAGAUUCAGGGUAAUUCUUUCAUGGAGAAUUUUGUACUUUUUUGCAAGCAUUUGCUCCAUCGAUACGUUCGUCUGACUCCUGCUCUCUUUGCCACGGUACUACAGACGGAGAUUGUUAAUCAAUUCAUGCAGAAAUACUCCAGCUUCCACAUCAGCGAAACGAGAGAUUUUCAGUGUGAAAGCACCUGGUGGUACAAUUUGCUCUACAUUCAGAAUUUCUUGGACAUGAAUGAAAUAUGUGGAGGUUGGACGUGGUAUUUGGCAUGUGAUUUCCAAUAUUUCAUCGUCUUCCUGUUGCUCCUCUUCGUCUUUGUCAAGUCAAAAUCCAUGGGGAAAUUGGCCUUCAUCGGCAUCGCUGCAAUUUUCAUUCCACUCACUUUUUAUACACUCUACACGAACAAUUUCACAUUCCGUUUCGACGUCAUGUUUGCAACACUCAACAUUGUCUACUACAAAUUCUGGUGCCGUAUUAGUCCCUAUAUUGCUGGUGUCUUCAUGGGAUACAUCAUGAGGAAGAUCCUUAAGGAUGACUUGAAGAUUAAGACGCCUUUCGUGGUUUCCGUGUGGACAUGCAUCGGGAUCCUGUUGCCCACCUCCGUCACCGUCACAUAUUGGCGAAACCUUCCGGCGUGGGUGUGCUCAAUCAUCCUGGCUGGUGGACGCGUUGCUGUUGGCAUUGGCACGGGGGUGGCUAUUAUUCUCUGCCACCUGGGUCAUGGAGGUUGGUUUAACGCCAUCUUCAGCCAUGGGAUUUUCCAGCACGGCCAAAAAUUAACCUACACCAUCUACCUUCUCAACCCUCUCGUGAUCUUCCUCCUGGCUGGCGCUAAAGAGAAGGGAGUUCAGGUGGAUUUUGUCGAACAGUUGAUAUUCUUCUUGGCUGUGUCUGUAAUCACGUAUGCACUUGCAGUGGUGAAUAGUCUCCUCUUCGAGAGACCCUUCCAAAAGCUCUCUGACUCAUUUAUUCUCAAGCGAAGCCGGAAAGCAACUAAAUUGUAAUUUAUCUUGUUGAACGAAAUUGAAAUAUUGCUUAAUGCAAAAAAAAAUCUGCACCUGCAGUCAAACCACCUGUUAAUUCAACUGAUUUUAAUGAUUCAAUUUGAAUAUACUGUUAUUAAAUCAUUAAUAAAUUAAUAAAUUUUAAAACAAGGGCAUUACGCAUAAUUUA